UUGAGAGAUGGCGCAGAUGGCAAAUUCUAUGAUUGACAUAAUAUGGCCGAAGAAUUUGCUUUGCAGUCAAACCUACGAAAAGUGUAUUGGUGAAAUUAGUAACAGCUCAUUCGCGAAAUCUAAUUUGAAAUUGAGACGUACUGCAGAGCUAUGAUGCAAACUGCGUUUAGAGGACCGUGAGUAACUUUUUUUGAGGAAGGAAUAUUUUGGACGCGAAUCUCAUUUGCCGUGGAUUGCUAUUGAACUAUUGUUAUAUAAGUGCAGCUGGUUGUGGCAGCCAGCAUUAGGGCGUUUGGAAAGACAUUUAAAAAGACAAUGACUGAGCUUAACCUAGUACGUGGACAAUCGCCAAAUUUUAGCCCUUCUCGAAGUGAUGGAUCGCAAUGUAACAAUCCAGCUCUCCAUGUGCAUUUACCAAACCACGGAUUUCGUACCAUUCGUUUCGAAGAAGCGAAAGACGUUAAUCAAAUUAUUAAUUUGAUAGUUUCAUCCAUGAAUUUAGGGCAGAAAGCCAAUCCAUUAAACUAUGCACUACGUUUGCAUAAUAUUGUAACCAAAGAAGUUAUUUGGAUGCCUAGAAAUACGACGAUAAAGCAAGUGGUUGCGCAUAUUCUGAAUCCUUCAUGCCCGAACGCAGAUUGUCCUAAUAAUGAUAGAAAUACAGAUUCGAAGUUAUCACAAAAAAAAUCAUUAAGUAACGUAGCAGCUCAUGGAAAUAGUGUAUGGCGAGCAGAGCUCCGUGUCCGUUACGUACCUCAAAAUUUGAGGGACCUCUAUGAAAAAGAUAAAACUACCUGUCACUUCUAUUUCGACCAGGUGAAACAAGACUAUAUCCAAGCAAAUAUUCCAUCUAUUGAUCAAGACGUGGCUAUUCAAUUAUGCUGUUUAGCGAUAAGGCACUACUACAAGGACACAAAUAUCACUUCAGAUAAAAAGCAACAUAUGGACUAUAUAGAAAAAGAGAUUGGGUUUAGCAAUUUUUUACCAAAGUCUGUGAUAAAUACAAUUAAGCCAAAAAACUUAAAAAAAAUGAUCAUUGCUGGAAACAAAAAGGCGUAUAAUUACAGUGAAAUGGAAUAUAUACUGAAGUUUUUUGAGCUCCUAGGGACACAAUACACGUUCGAUCAGGAGCAAUUCACUGUCACUUUAACUUCAGCUUGGCAUUUCGAUGUCUGCCUGGUAAUAGGCCCUCAUACAGGUAUUUCAUAUCUGACGCAUCCCCAGGCGAAAUUAACAAAGAUAACUGACUUUAGAGAUAUUGAGCGAAUUAAAACGUACGUUUUACCAAAAGACAACAUACAAAUCGUCGAUACAGAACUGUCACAAACAGUGCAGAGUAAAUGCACUCCUAUAACGCAUAGUCCGUUAGCUGAUAGAAAAUUGUUAGCUGGGGAUAGUUCAUGCAAAUGUCGCGAAACCAAAACUUUUUUGAAAAUAAAAGUGACGAAUAAUGAGGAAGAUUUAACAAUAACUUGUGAAGGAUUGAAUACAGCCGAGAGCAUCGCCGAUCUCGUUGAUGGAUAUUGUCGCCUUGUAAAUGGCCAGAAUUCAUCCCUCUGGGACCGUUCAAAUGGAACUCCGCAUAAUAGUGCAAAUAAUUCGCUCGAAAAUAAAAACUGCAAAUUACCUGAUGGGAAAUUCAAUCAAAAUGAAAGCAUUUCAAACGCGGGAGAAAUUAAAACCAACGUUCCAAUUUUCAAUGAAGAUUACGCAGAAAUAGGUUUAGUAGAAGAAGAGGGAGAUUAUUCAACUCCAACAGUUCGAAACUACGAGCUGGAUCGAUCACAAAUUACAUUACUUGAAACAAUCGGUAUUGGUCAGUUUGGAGAUGUACAUGUUGGUCUGUGUCGAAUAAAACAGAAAGCAAGUGAAAGGAAAUUGUUUACCGAUAACAUUGGUUCAGAUGUAAAUGAUAAAGAGGGCAAUUCAGGUGUAAUACAAGUAGCCGUGAAGACAUGCAAACCAGAUGAUGAUCAAACCAAAGCAGAGAAAUUCCUCGAAGAAGCAUUUAUAAUGCAAAAGUUUGAUCAUCCACACAUAAUACGGUUAAUUGGAAUCUGCAGUUCACAGCCUAUCUGGAUCGUGAUGGAACUUGCAAAAUUAGGCGAAUUACGAGCUUAUUUGAAGGCCCAUGCUAACAAAUUAAAACUAGGCACACUUCUCCAAUAUUGUUAUCAACUUUCCACGGCACUCAGUUAUCUGGAGUCGAAAAAAUUUGUUCAUCGAGAUAUUGCUGCCAGGAACGUACUAGUCAGUACUCCAACGAUCAUCAAGCUAGCAGACUUCGGAUUAUCUCGUUGGGUGCAAGAUCAGCAAUACUACCAUUCAAGUAAGUGUAUGUUACCAAUCAAAUGGAUGGCCCCAGAAUCAAUAAACUUCCGGCGAUUCACAACGGCAAGUGAUGUUUGGAUGUUUGGUGUUUGCGUUUGGGAAAUACUGAUGCUUGGAGUGAAACCUUUCCAAGGUGUAAAAAAUUGCGAUGUGAUUGGGAAACUAGAGAAUGGCGAACGCUUGCCCCUUCCACAAAGUUGUCCACCGCGCCUUUAUUCUUUGAUGUCACAAUGUUGGGCAUAUGAGCCAUUAAAAAGACCUAAUUUUAAGACAAUUAAAGAAACAUUAUAUGAAAUUCUAAUAGAAGAAAGGAUGAGUGAUUGUGAAACGAUGCGAAGAGAAAAUAGACGUGUAGCGGCGAUGUCUUGGGGGGCAGGAGAUGAUAUUCCACCUCCAAAACCAAGUAGGGUUCCUCAAGGAGAUGCAUCUCUACUACUCCCACAAAUGAAUGAUAGUAGCAAAGGAGCACCUCAAACAUAUAUCAUCGCGCAAAAUCCUGCAAUAUUGGCUCGUCUUAUGAUGGAGAAUGAAAACAGGAAUAUGAAUCCUUCCACCUACACAACUCCAGCAUCGGUAUUUAAUACUUUUGCAGUAGAUAUCGAUGAAUCUAAAUCAAGUUCAUUUAAUCCCAAAAACUCUGCUGAGAUAAACUUGAAAACAGUUAAACUACCUGCAGCAGAAAUUCUGAAACUAGACCCAAUUAUAGAUGUUUCAACUGAAAAAUUUUCUCAAGAAUCUAUCAACUACAACCAAAACGAAAGCAAUCACUCGUCUUGCUCUAAUACACUUGAACAAUGUUACCCGAAAAGCAAUGAAAAACAUUUCGAUGAACAAAUACCAUUUUCUCAACCUUGCAAUAUAAAAAAUACUUCUAUAAAGCAACCACUACUCUCAAUUGAACCGGGCUAUGAACCCAUGCAUAAGGGUAGCAUGGCUUGUCCUAAUAGCGCUGGUAUUGUCAGUGUAUCAAACCCUCAUCAGGUAAAUGAGGUUUCAGUUUAUCGAUAUCAGAUAAGCAAUCAAAAAUCAACGCUAAACGAGAGCUGGAUGAAUCCAUUAGGUCGACUGUCUAGUCCAGAAAAAGUCAGGCCACAUAUUAUGGUUCGCCAACCCAAUAUUGGAAAAGACGUAUACAUAAUGAACACGGGUAGCUCUGGAAACUUUAACUGCAACCCCCAAAUAGGAUAUGGUAGUCUAGAAAGAAAUCAAAUUCCUGGAAUUCCCAUUAAAUCUAAAGGAGGGAGUUUAGAACGCAAUCAGUCACUAUCUAGUGCAUAUGACCUGAUGCGAAAUCGGUCUUAUCGUGGAGGAAGUCUAGAAAGGAAUCAACAAAUAACAGUGAACAGAUCUGCCAGUUUGGAGAGAAACCCUUGUUAUUCUGCAUACCGAAACCAAAAUAAAGUCAAUGAGGCGGAGUGUUUCCAAGAAGGGAUUUAUGAUUUUGGUGGGAUGCAUGUUAAGAGUUGUGCUAACAUUGCAUUGAAUAAAAGCAUUCGGCAGCAAAAUCCAUUAUCAUUGCCAAAAGACCUGCCACUUGAAAAUGAUAAUCCACAAUAUGUUAGUCAAAUUCCAAAUUCACAAACGCUAUUAUAUACUCCAAUGCUUCCGAUAGCAAUAAAUGGAUCAGUAAGAGGUAAUUUGGCAAAUUAUCAUCGAAUGAGUCAACUUGACAUUGCACAAAAUCAGAAUUCUAUAAAUCCUUCACAACUUGUUUGUUCGACAGUUGGGCAGCGUUCGGUUGAAACGAAUAACUUUGUAUCAGCGCCUGGGUUGAACAGCAAACAAAUGCAGCAAUCGCAGGCAAACAUAGAACAAGCUUCUUUGGCAUAUCUCUACCCAACGCAGUUGUUUGUUUCUUCUCAGAUGCAAACUAUUCAGGAGGAUCUGGAAACAAAACUUCGAAAGCAAAAAAUUGAAAGUGAAAUUGAUAGCAAAUGGCUACAACAAGAAGAAUCGAAUUUAAAGAAGAGAUUAAGUCUCACGGCUUCAAACGACGUCGACGUAUGCCAAAGUCCCAAGUUUCCAUCACAAAGCACUCCAUACGCUUUGUCUGUGGCUGAUCACCCACUGCAAAAACCCACAAGUGGUACUGCGUCGAGGCCAAUAACACCUGGGGCAUCGUGUGAAGAGAAGACAAACAUCGAGCCGCAUAUAUCAAAAUCAUCAUCAUUAGAUAGGUCGAAUGAUGCGGUUUAUGCUGCAACGACAAACGUAGUUAAAGCCAUAAUGACUCUCAGUCAAGGUGUUGAGAAGGCUAACGCUUCAGAAUAUCUGGAUCUAGUCAAAAACGUUGGAAUCGAGUUACGAAGCUUGCUAGGGUCGGUGGACACAUUGUCUGUGGUAUUUCCUUCUCAAGCUCAUAAGGAAGUGGAAAUGGCUCAUAAGGUACUUUCUAAAGACAUGCACGAAUUGGUUGCAGCAAUGCGACUGGCUCAGCAAUACAAAGACACCACACUGGAUGUAGAAUACCGAAAAAGUAUGCUUUCAGCAGCACACGUUUUAGCAAUGGAUGCUAAAAAUCUGCUUGAUGUCGUAGAUUCGAUUAGAGUUCGUUUUCCAAAUUUAGUGAGUCGAAGUUUGUCUCGAACUGGCAAUGAGCAUGCUUACAUACAAAAUAGUCCGUCCAGUGAUUGUAUAUCAAAGCAACCCUCGAGGCUAGCUUCACAGACCCCGCAAGAUAUUACAAAUAAUCUUCCAUUUUCUUUGCAAAACAAUACCAGCAAUAUCACUGAAGAAGGAUAUGAAAUAAUGACUAAUGAAAAUUUCGACACUACCCAAACACCGCUUGUGCAACAACAAAGAGCAGUGCAGCAGACGGGUGUUUAUGAUAACGACUGCAUCAGAAGUGAACAAAUAAUUAACGUAGAAGUUCGAGAAGCCACAUUAGAAAAAGCAGCAGAACGAUCAAAUUUCCGUCUAGUAAGUAAAGGUCCUGCGGACGUGCAAAAUAACGGCUCGGAGGAUGAAGCUCUCAAAAUUAUAGAGGAUCCAAUAGACUGUCACCCAAAUGAUGCACUAGAAAACGCAUGAGGUCAAAAUUUUCCGAUAUAGCGCAACCAAGUAUAAGCAAUUUUGAAUGCUUUCUCAAUAAGUUGUAUUCACAUAAAUAAAACGUGUCAAACGGAAGUGGUUACUCGUAUUAAUACAGAAAUAUUUAAACGCUGUGUUAGCUAUAAGUUUUUUAAUUAAAAUUUUAGAGUUCUUGUUCUCUCAAACCUUACGAAUAUUCUCAACAUGAAAUCAUCUAUAAAAUCAAUAGUUAAUAUAAUUUAUAUUGAGAUACAAAAAUUCGAUGCAUUUAAUAUUUAACAGUUUUAUACUCAACGAGAAAAAGUUUGUGUUCGUUUGCCGAUGGAGUUUUUAUGUUUGUUCUCAAGCAUAUAAUUAAUUUGUACAUAUAGAAUAAUACACGAUUAUUUAUGCUUUUUCUAUUUAUUAAAAAUAUUGAUUGCAUUA